CUGGGGCGGGGGACCGCUCGUCCCCCGCCCCCCUCCCCGGGUGAUACCGUGGGCAUGAAGCACUUGGGGGAGUGGACUGUAUUCCCAGAGCGUUUCUGUAGGAUUUGACAUGAGUUCAUAUCUCUCCUUCUGGAAAAGAAUUGUGGGACUUGUCAUUGCUGUUGCUGUGAUUUUACUCAUAAUAAGGAUUACCAUAAAUACACUUAAAUUACCGCGCCUGGAGCUGUGCCCUGAUGACUGGCUGUACUACAAGAAGAAGUGUUACUAUCAUUCAGAAGCCGUGGCAGACUGGAAGUCCAGUCAGAAGUCCUGCUCUGACUACGGAGCUUCGCUUGCUGUGAUUGACAGCCACCAAGAGCUGAACUUUAUAAUGUAUCGAAUGCACGUAACAGACUUCUGGAUUGGGCUGCGCAGGAGAGGAAGCAAAAUCUUCUGGGUGAAUGGAAAGUCAUUUGACACAAACUUAUUUCAUGUCAAUAUAACAAAUGAUGGAGACUGUGUCCAUAUAGAUUCUGCCUUCGUCUCUACCAGAAGGUGCUCCUCAGUCAGGAACUGGCUUUGCACGAUUGGUCAGUUUAAUCCCAAGACAAGCUCUUAAUAGCGAGCAGCUGUUUGUGCAAAUAUAGAGACUUUCUCCAUGGGAAGCUGGAAUUCAGAAUACUCAAAGUCCUUUCUGUAAGACGUCCGCAGGGGCAAGAGGUGCUGUGGCAAGGAUCAUGUCCAAAAUUCUCCAGGAGAAGCAAGACAGGGAGUUAUAAUGACUUCAUGAGAAAGAGGUAAAAAAGUGGCAGUACCAAGAGGAAAUGAUGAUACAAUGGCUGUUGCAAAGAACAGAAGUUCCUUAGUAAUACGGUUUCGUUGUUGAAACUGCUGAAGGACAUGGCAAUGGAUGCGUCUCUUGCGAACUCUUCACAAGCUAAAGACAUUGUUAGAUGGACAUGAAGGUCGUAUUGAAAAUGCCAUUCAUAGUGAACCAAGGGAUGUGUUUUUUCCUCUCUCCUGUGAAACUCAGUAAUUCUUUGUCUGAGAACUUUCAGUUUGUCUUUGUGGUAAAUGGGUGAGAUUUCAUACGGUGUUUUGAUUUCCCACUCCUCCUUUUUCCAUGGGGUUUUCAAAUGUGAUUGGUAUGUAAUGUCCAAGGAUAUAAAUGGGAGCUUUGUAAACCUGGAAGGCAGAUAAUGACUAGGUCUUCUAGGGAACGGCACUGCUGUUACAGGGCAUAUAGGGUGGGACAGAUUACAAAUAUUCUUCUUUAUCCCUCUGGACUGAUCUGGAAACAUGACUGCUGUUGCCCAGAACUUCACUGAAUAUGUGGCUGCAAUAGGAAAGCUCCCAGACUGAAUCAUGCACAACUGUCAUUUUGGGACAAAGUUGUGGAUUUAGAAGGGGGGAGACAUGUAUAUCUAGUGUGGAAAGGGGUCUAGGACACCUUAAGGUGAGGUGCUGUGGUGUUGAUCUUUUGCCUGUGCAGGGGGGAAAAAGGCUUUUAUUGUCUCCGGCACAGCUAUUUUAUCAAGUGAGUUGUGUGGGCAAGGAUAGUUUGACAGUCCAUGGGAUAGAAGCACUAGAGCUAAAUAGCAUGGCACCCUGGGUUAAUCUGUUUGAAUUAUUGGUAUGAUGCCCUGAAAAUGGGCAGUGGGAGCAUGGGAGGCUCACCUGGAAGAUAUGUGGUUGGUUGCUGUCUGGUCACUCUUAUGUUCAUCAGACAGUAGUCAGUAGUACAAUGACUACUUCCCAAGAUACAUGAUUAACAAAGGGUGGUUACUGUCUUUAAAAAUGUGUAACCAGAAGAAAGGCCUUUUGAGCUAGGAAAAUAUUCUAGUGUGGAAACAAUACCAAAUUAAGCUCAGAGAAGAUUUAAGAGUCUGUCAUAUUGAUCUUCAAAGAAAUGGGAAGAAGAAACUGCAAAUUGCUAUAAACAUGCUUGAUAUGUAUCCAGAAGAGGUACUCCUUUGGAGGGAAAGAAAUAGGUGAGACAAGAAACUGGAACAGAGUGUUCAAUAUAUCCUCAUUCCCCAUGGUAGUUCCCCAAGAAAGCACUAGAACAGAAGAGGCAGCACCUUGUAAGGAAGUGUGGACAGGGUUCAGAUGGCCAGGGUAGGGACCUAUUUCCCACCAUAUGUCAAAAGUCCAGUUUAAAAAGUCAUCAUGAAGUGCUAGAUGGGGUGAGAAGUCCAUUUUGCUGUCUCUGUAAAUUGUCUUGUAAAUAUGCCAAUAAAUGCUUCAGAGGUUGCUCCCUGC